AUGAAUAUCACAAAUGUGUCAUAUUUUAUACUUUCUGCUUACUUUGACACUGGAGUUCUAACAUAUUUGUUUUUCUUCAUGGUCUUGUUUGUGUAUGUACUUAUUAUCUGUUGUAAUGUUGUUCUGAUCGUGGUUAUCUGUGUUCACAGGAGUCUACAUGAACCUAUGUACAUGUUUCUGUGCAGCCUGUUUGUAACUGAGCUGUAUGGAAGUUCAGGCUUGUUUCCAUUCCUGCUGGUUCAGAUUCUGCCAGAUGUUCACACCGUUUCUGUUCCACUUUGUUUCCUGCAGGUCUUCUGUCUUUAUUCAUAUGGAAGUGUAGAGUUUUUCACUCUUGCAGUCAUGUCUUAUGACAGAUAUGUUGCCAUUUGUUUUCCUUUGCGGUACAACACCCUGAUGACAACUAAUAAGAUUGUUGGAUUUGUUGUAGUCGUAUGGUGUUAUCCUUUUUUUACUGUUGUGAUUAUGAUAUCAAUGACUGCACGUUUGCAGCUGUGUGGAAAUAUUAUUAAUAAAAUUUAUUGUGAUAAUCCCUCUAUCCUUAAGCUGGCCUGCUCUAACNNCACUUUCAUCAACUUUUAUGGACUCGUAGCUACUUUCAGCACCAUCUCUGUUGCUCUGCUUUUAAUCGUUUACACUUACAUCAAGAUUUUGAUCGUGUGUUUUUCUGGGUCCAGACAGACCCGACAGAAAGCCCUCAACACGUGCACGCCUCAUCUGGCGUCCAUCUUGAACUUCUCCUUCGCCGGCAGCUUUGAAAUAUCACAGAGCAGAUUUAACAUGAGCUACCUGCCCAACGUGCUGCGGGUUUUCCUGUCCUUGUAUUUCCUAACAGUCCAGCCUCUUUUUAAUCCUCUCAUGUACGGCCUGAAAAUGUCCAAAAUCCGCAACGUUUGCAAAAACCUGAUACUGAAUGUUCUCCACUGA